CUACCAAUACUGAAUUAAGAAAAUACGAAAAAACAAGUAUAUAACUAUCCAUAGAUGGCUUCUAAAAACAUAGYACCCGCAUAUGUCGUCUCUUCGUCUUAUUAGUUACACAUACCUAAGACAUUUUACGUUCAAUUUUAUUUGAAUAAUUCAUUUACCUCUAGUUAUUUUUAGUGGAUUCAUAAUUAUAUAAUUUAAAGAUUGCGUAUACGAAUUAUUAAACUACGCUCAAUGGACAAGUCUAGGGUCGAAGAAUUUGCCAUCAACGUAGAACUAAUGAUUAAGUCGCGGUUCUAUCACAUAUUUAAUCCGGACGGUACAAAGAUUUUCAACUGUAACGCUUACCGGCUAUUACUGUUUCUUUACGGAUCAAUUGUCAAUUGCAUUGUCGUUUACAGCGCGUUGGGCUUUUUCGUCGAGAUGGACGAUAAGCUGAGUUACACUGAUUUCUUUGUAGUAAUAUUUGUAAUGAUUAAUAUUUUUUUAUGCUAUUGGAGGAUUUGUAUUUUUUUGCACAACGUAAACGCCAUUCACGRUGUGUUCAGCGUUUCACGAUUUGAUUUUUUGAAGAGCAAACAGUGUUGUAAAAAUUUAAACGUGCUUGACGACUACCGAAACAGAACGAUUAAAAUCACCAAUUACUUCUUUUUAUUCUCGUCGACAGUGAUGUCACAAUGGAUUCUAUUUCCUCUCGUGGUCAUGGCGUUCACAACGCCCGAAGAUGAAAAUGUCCGCUUUCAGAACAUCAUGAACUUGCGUUAUCCUGUAUCUACGUACACUUACAAUCAUUAUUAUUUCAUAUUUUAUUUUACGGAAGUAAUGGUAGCAAUAUUUACUAUGUACGCUAUGAUCAUACCAGACAUACUUUUAAUGUCUUUUUGUUGGGCAAUAAUCGCCCAACAGGAAGUCCUCACUCGGGCAUUCAAAAACAUUGGACACGAAGACAAUUCCCAAAUAGUAUAUUAUGAAGAUUUUAAGUCAAUUCUUGACGAUCAACUGCAACUUAAUCUGAAAAUCAAAUUAUUUUAUUCAAUUGUGCGGCCUAUUGUUUUAACAUACGUUGCUAUUAUAUCAACAUGUUUCAUAAUUGUGACUUAUGUGUUAAUACUGGUUUGCUCGUCAAAGGAAUCGCAUACAGUUCUUACAAUCAUCAAGCUCGCGUCAUCAACUUUCUACAUGUGCUUACACUUAUAUUUAUAUUGUUAUUUAUUUGACAGUAUGAAUAUUAAAAUGCGAUCCGUUAACACUGGAAUAUAUUCUUGUGAUUGGACAAAAAUGGAUGUACAAUUUAAAAAGUUAUUAUUAUCAACGAUGCAGAUGAAUAAUGCCAAUGAUUUAGUGAUAAAAGCUUCACCGAAAAAAAUCGUUAACUUACAAUUAUUCGCUAACAUCAUAACAAUGUCUUAUAAUAUUGUAUCCGUCAUACUGGAAACCACGAGUUAAAAAAAUCAGAUUUCAGAAUAUAUCUUAAAAUU